AUGCAAUUCUCUCCAAAAGCAUCCUCGGUGCUCGCAUCGUCUUCGUUCCCAGGCGACGACUCUUUCUCCCACACACGUAUGCGCAUCACCUCUCUUCUCUCCAUGCACAACCUAUUCCGACAAGACACAUGCCUAUACCGUGUACCGCUCCUGUAUCAUCCUCUCGGCCUCGUCCCUCUUUGCAAGCACAAAGGCGAUUUCCGACCCCACCGCCACUACGACAGUAGCCGCCACCCCGAUCGGCGCCCCAAUCGCUCCGAAGCCUAA